UUCCACAUCAUGUCCCCUCCUCGCUGACCGCACUCACUGCAUGCUUUUUAAAUUCACAUCACCAGCCUCCAGACGUCGUUUCCUUUUGCCUAGGAAAUGAUGGACAGCAGGAUUCUGGAUCCACCUCAUGCCCAGUUCGGAGGCUCUCUCGGCGGGAUGGUGGGCUUUCCGUACCAUCUAAGCCACCAUCAUGUUUACGAAUUAGCCGGUCAUCAACUUCAAUCUGCAGCCGCAGUUCCUUUUUCAAUAGACGGAUUACUCAAUGGUUCCUGCACAGCUUCAGUGGUAAAUUCGAACACCCUCUUGUCUUCUGGUUGCGGUAUGAAUGGAGAUAACCAGCAAUACAAGCUGACAGAUUCGUGUGACCCAGACAAGGAUAGCCCUGGCUGUAAAAGACGCCGAACUCGCACAAAUUUCACUGGUUGGCAACUGGAAGAAUUAGAAAAGGCUUUUAAUGAGAGUCACUACCCGGAUGUGUUCAUGAGGGAAGCUCUGGCUCUGAGAUUGGACUUGAUAGAAUCGAGGGUUCAGGUAUGGUUCCAAAAUCGUAGAGCUAAAUGGAGGAAGAAAGAAAACACAAAGAAGGGUCCAGGGCGACCAGCUCACAACUCUCACCCAACGACAUGCAGUGGAGAGCCCAUGGACGCGGAGGAGAUCGCCCGGAGAGAACUGGAGAGGCUUGAGAAAAAGAAGAGGAAGCAAGAGCGAAGACUGUUGAGGUCCCAAAAUAAACUCCUGUCGGGGGACCUAUUUCAUACCCCAGGAUCUGACAGUGACAGUGGAGUGUCACAAGUGACGGACAGUGAGCAAAAUCCACAUUGUGACUCUAUAGGCCGAAACCAAACUCAAUCGAGCUGUGACCAAACACCACAAACCCUCCAGAACCAAAGACACUUCAACCAAGAUGCUGGAGGAUCCGAGCUGGACUCUUCUGACAGCAGUCAACAGUCAAGCAUGUGCGCCAACAGCAGAGCCUCCACACUUCAGAAACUGAACCCCUUCAGCGUAGAAAGCCUUCUAUCAGAAUCCAGACCUAGGCGCAAACUGAACGUAGACGGAUUUUCUGCCUUACCCUCAUCGCGGCCUUUGAUAGGGAAAGGACAUUUCUUACUCUAUCCCAUCACCCAGCCGCUUGGAUUCAUUGUUCCUCAGACUGCUUUGAAGACAACACCACCAGGUUCAGACUCAGACAACUCUUCACAAAGAACCCCAGUGAAUGACAACAACUUCUCUGCCGAUACUGGACAUAAAAACAACAAGGAGUCCAGUAAUAUCAGUAACGACGCGACAGUAAUCAAACCGCAGAUCAACUUUCCCACAAAAAAUACUACAGGUUCAUCCCAGAACAGCCCAAGCCAAGUUACCUUUUCCAGUAGCAACUGUAGUCAGACUUCAGCAAGCCGUUGUGAAAAAUAUUUUCAAGAUAAUGAUUCAAAGUCCUUGCCAUCAGACAAAAAAGAGCAGUCUGUAAAAGACUACCCAGGGAGUUCUGAGUCUGUGACAACAAACGUUCCACCAGAGACUGACACUGAAGAUGUCGAUAUGGAAUAAUAGACCCGUGAGAAAAAUAUUGAUACCAUUACACCUUUCAUUUGCCCAAAGCUCAAUCACGUCUCUUAGAAUAUAAACUCUCAAUUUACAGAUGAGAUAUCUAGCGAAUAUUCUGAUGAUGAUGGGUUUAACUGUGUGUGUGUGUUGCGUGCGUGCGUGCGUGUAUAUGUGCACGUGUGUGUGGUGGUGGUAGUAGUACUAGCCCCCCCCUCUGUGUAACAAACUGUAAAAAGACAUAAAAACCACAAAAAUCCUCAAAGGCUGUAAAAAGUAUUAAGAUAUUUAUAUAUGUAAGGUUUUCAUAAAUAAAUCGAUUGUAUACAAUAAAUGCAAACCGUGUGAGACCUUAAA